AUGCAAUCGAGCAACACUUCAGUCUAUGCAGUUGGGGAUGUUGCCGCUUUUCUAGUAAAAAUGUUUGCUGAAACACGCAGACUUGAGCAUGUAGAUUCUGCGAGGAAGUCAGCAAGGCAUGCUGUUGCUGCUAUCAUGGAGCCAGAAAAGACGGGGGAAGUAAUUCAUUUUGGGGAUUUCUCGGGAAAGACUUUUGGGGCUUAUUGGAUUAAUAAGGGUCAUCUUGUUGGUUCUUUUCUGGAGGGUGGAACCAAAGAGCAGUACGAAGCUAUAGCCAAGGCCACGAGGCUUAAACCGGCAAUUGAAGACCUGGGUGAGCUUGAGAGGCAGGGACUGGGAUUUGCUUUGACAGCAAGCCAGAAACCAUCAUCAUCAUCACCUCCUCUUGUUGCUGGCAGUUCUAAUCUCGUCAUCGAGAAACCAUUACACGCUUGGUACGCAACUGCGGGUGUGAUUGUGGCUGCAUCAGUAGCAACCUUUGCAUACUGGUAUGGCAGGAGGCGACGAAGCAAAACAGGCUGCGAUUGCUUCAGGAAUUCGGACAAUUCGGUCAAUUUGUGUUUACCGAAUUCAAUCCGAAUUGAAUUCGAAUUCGAAAUUUGGUAA